AUGCGCAAUAGAUCAAUAAUUAAGGAUACAGGACAAAGUUCAGAGAAUACAAACAUGGCCAAUAUAGAUGAAAUAUGUUUAAAGUGGAGCAAAGCAACCGAUCGUGCAAAAAUUGUCGAAAAUUCAACAGUUUCAAAGUUUCCUUUACCAAAAACAGAAGAUAAAUACGAAGAUUACGUCUCAACAUGCUUAAAAUGGAUUUUAAAUACAAAGACAUCAGUUAAUCUUGCACUACUUCCUCUUCCACUUUCUUUAUCUUUAAAUAUACCUCCAAAACCAGACUCUAUACAAUUUUCAAGAAGCAAAGUACUAAACAGACUACAUUGCGAUGAACUCUACAAUAUAUUAAUCAAAGGAAGCAAUUUUAAUGAAUCUUCAAAAUUUAUGCCGCAAAAUAAGAAGGAAGACAUCUUUAUAAGCCAAACAAUAUCAUCCAACAAUCGAUGGGGUUCGAAACUGAUACCACAAUUCCCGACUCCUUACGCAUACGACAAUUACGAGACAUACAAAUCAGAUUUAGAAAAAUGGACAGAAACAGUUAAAGGAAUUCUCGAUCCUCAGCUAGAAAUAGAUGCAAAAGAGUUUAAGCAACUAUUAGAUCUCGACGAUAGCGAUCCCCCGAGUCAAGUUCCUUUUAUCCAAACUCAUUUCGAUUAUGAAAAUUUUCAUCCAAAAAAUUCAAUUGAAUUUACAAAAAGUAACAAAAUUUCAGAACUUUUUACAUCAUAUAAAGAAUUUUUAGAAACUCCAUUACAUAUAGAAGAAGGUCCAUUUGACGAUAGACUCAUAGUUAAACCAGAUUUUGAUGAUAUCAUUGCUUUACUUGAUAAACAAAAUACAACUGAUUUUGAAAAGCAAGCAAUACUUAAAUACAUCACCAAAAGCAUCAAAUCCCGUGAACCAACCAUCUUUACACAGAUAUUUAACUCUGUUUCCUACUUAUGGAGCUUAAUUAUUUCAUUCCAAAGAUUUUAUGAGACUGAUUACAUCGAAAACCCAAUAAUUACUAACCUCGAUGAACUCAUAUCAUCAGGGAAACCAAUAACAACCUGUUUGCUCCUUCUUUCGAAGUAUUAUUUGACCCAAGAAAUUACAUUCAUCAUGUCUGAGCAUUUUGCAAGCACAGAUGUUGUCUCUCAGUUGAACUUCGCUAAGGAGAUGUGCGAAUCUUACAUAGAACAGUCAAAAUCCCAAAUUACUCAUUUUUUUGAAGAAGAAAUUUCCUCGGAAAACAUUGAAUUGGCAUCAAUGGUACUCAAAUUAUUGAUCUGGAGCAAACAGACUACAGUAAUUCCCAAUUUCUUCAAGAUUUUGUAUGAUAUAAAAUCAAUUUCCAAAAAAUACUUCAGAUCUAUAGUUUAUUUCAUAUAUACAAAUGUAACAUCAUGUAUGUAUUUCUAUCAUUCACUCGGCAACGCGAAUCUCGAGAACAAUUACUUUGAUUCCGAAAUUAUUUUUUUAAUUUCGGAAUUUUUCACGCGUGUCAAGCCAGAUAUGAUGGUACAAUCCACGAAAUGGACAUUACAAAUUGUUUCCCAGUGUAUUGACAUAAUUGUUCAAAGUCCAAACAAGAUUUACUCAAAUUUAAUUAAAUCUGUUUGUAAAUACGCCCAUAGAUACUACAAGAACACUCGGAAAGAGUUCCAAGACAUUUUUCCAAUGAUCCUUGUUCUCCUCUACGCUCUAGGACAAACACAUUUGCCGGCCGAAAUUAAACUUGAUUUAAUUAUCGGAUUGGCAGAUUUAUCUGUAUUUCCAUCUGCUGAUAAAGUGUGGAUAAAUAAUCUACACCAGAUACAGAUUAUCCUCGCUUAUUCUUUGGAAAACGAAGAAAUUUCUGAUGCGACAUGGAAACUCAUUUCAAACGUCGUAAUUACACAUAGAAGUAAUUGUGAUUGUUAUCUGAGUGAGGAAACAAUAAAUACUAUACUAAAUGAACUAAUUUCGGGAAAAAUUUCAAGAAUUCCGAUUACAAAGGCUCUGAUAAGGGUUGUUUUAUCAAUGCCUGCAAGUUAUAGUAGUAUACCUCCAGAAUAUGUUGAAUUCUUUAACAUUUUCAAAGGAAAAUUUGAUUUCAAAUCAAAUCUUUUGAAUUAUUUGAAGAAGAAUAACAACAGUGUGAAGAUACAAAGGAAAAUCGAUAGAAUUGACAAAAGACCUUAUUCUACAGCAAUUUAUAAUUUAUUAUCUAACAAUAUUGAAUAA